CUCAUCUGUGGUGACAGGUGACAGCAACUAAAAUAAAAGGGUUUCAUUUUGGCUAAAAUAAAAUAAAAAUAUCCAGGACAAGAAGACACAACAACACGUAAUAACAAAGUUUAUUCGUUAGGAAUAAGCCAUUAAAAUUAAAGAGAAAUUGGUGAAUCUAUUUAUACUUUACAAAAUUUCAUCUGAAGCGGAAAAUUCGAAGUCGUGAUUCAUCAGUAAAAGAGUGUUUUUUUGCCCCCGUACAAUCUUGUGGACUUGCAAGCAAUUAUGGCCGAAUGGAAACAGCUGAUAAAUGAAUGGAUAGCAGAAUAUACCUCCUUACAAGAGAAUGAAAUAAAGAGUUUUGCAGCAGAACAUGAGCAUAACCACGAAAUCGCAACAGCUCUUUUCAAUUUAUUCUACAGUGAAGAUGAAUGCGAUAUUAACUGCAGCAACAAAAAUCAAAAUGAAAGUCCAGAGGAGAUACUUGAAAAUGUGUGCACUCAACUAUUUAGUUUCUAUAGAUCCAAAGAAGUGGAACUUCAAAGAUUCACAUUGCAAUUUGUUCCAACACUCAUCUACAGCUACCUAAGCUCAGUGGCUCAAGGAAACUUAAAGUCAUGUCGCUGUAUUGAGACACUACUCAUCGGUUUAUACAACUUUGAAGUUGUUGAUGAAACUGGAAAACCUAAAGUAGUCUCAUUCCGUCUUCCAUCCUUAGCACAACCAUCAAUCUAUCAUGAGCCUCUGUCUUUAGGGCCACAGUUUCUGACUGAAAAUGCUUUACGAAGAUGGGAGGAAUGCAACACAAAAUUAGUGAGUUGGGGCCCAUUAUCACAGGUAGAAGUGAUAAACGCACAGAAUCGUCUAAAGGUGAUGUCAGCACUGUAUUUCAUUUAUAAUCGGCAACUGAGUUUGUUACCAAAGCUGGCAUUGAGACAUUUCUGCAUUGCAGCUUCAAGAAUCGUGACCCAAGGGUUCCACAAAAAAAUUGGUUGCAAUAAAUCCACCCCAAGAAUUCCAGUGUCACCGAACUUCCUAUUAGAAAUGAUAGAAGGCGCCUACUUUGCCAUGUUUAAUGAAUUUUAUACAUUGGCUCUGCAAGCAGUAAAAGAUAUAGAUAGGCGGGCGCAGUACGAGUUAUUUCCUGAUGUUAUGCUAGUCACUAGUGCUGUUAUAAACUCCUUGAAAAAUAAUUCCUCAGGUCAACCUUGUGAUGGUCCAAUGGGCAUAAGUGUUGCGCUAUCGCCAGCUACCACCACGGUUACGAUGUCCAAAUCCAUGAUUACCAACGCAUCGUUUCGUACCAAGAAACUACCAGACGAUAUCCCUAUUCAAGCUGGCCAAGUGGUACCUACAGAAGCAACAGAUAUACUUACAUCUAUAACAGAAGAAGGAGAAUCAGAUUCUACGCCCAUACAACGCGGUGGAGUUGUACGCACGUCCAAACCCAAGCUCAGCUCAUUUCCAGUACUCGGAAAAAAACCCAAAGAUAGCAAAGACAAAACUGUAAACAUGGCUGACAAAAAAGUUACACUGAAAGAAUCUUCUAAAGGAAUUUGGAAUUCGUUGAGUGGCGGUGGCGGAGAUAUGAUUGAUGGUCAACCUAAAACUAGCUCUGGGGAUGGAGGAGCAGACACCAAUGGUAGCCUAAAAGAUGAUAAAAUAUCUAUGAGCUCGAUACAGAAUAGCACGGAAAACUCUGACACUAGGUCGCAAGUUACAACUGAUUCAUUAGACAUUGAAACAACACCACGUUUUGCUGCUAUGCAAGUAAGUUCUGUCUAAAAGAUUGUAUUUUUGAUGACUUCCAGUAUUGUCUUGUAUUUCAAGAAACAAUUUAAUAUUUAUCCUGUGUACUUAGGAAAAAGGGGCAAAUCAAAAUUAUGGAUAAUGUAGGCAUAGUAUUUGGGUGAAUCAGCUGAGUUCAGUUUAAAAAGUUAUUUACAUAUAAUGCGUAUUAAUGUUAAUAUCGUCGAAAUGUUUCUUACGUUUUUUGUAAGAAACAGACUAUUAAUUGAUAUUGCAAGUCUUUCAAUACCUCUCAAUUAGUCUCUUGGAUAUAGUGUGUAUAAAGUAGGUUUUUGACGUCUGGAAAUCCUUUGGGCUUACCCACAGCCGAUAGGGACGACCAGUGUGUACUUUAUCUGGGACUCUCCCCGCCUAAAGGCGGCGCCUACCCACCAAAACCCGGUUUUUAAUAGAGGUUUUCUCCUCAUGGUCCUGUUAAAAAAGGACCCCCGCUCGACCCUAGCGGAUUACGGUCUACUCUAUAGAAACUUGCUUAAGUUGAUUCACCUUUUUAUUUUUGUAGAUUAGCCGGUUUUGGUGUAUAGUCCCAGUUUGUCUACUGGAUACUAUUAGGUUGAAGCCAAACGAGCGUAAAUUUUUGAGUUGUGAGUUGCGUAAUUUCGGUCAUGUCAUUUCUGCUGCAUACGGUUUCAUACAAAAUUCCUGUUUCAUUCACACGAAGACGCAAAAUGAGUUGUUUUUCUUUGUUGUAAUUUCUGUGGCCGAAAUUCAGCGACUCACGACUCACAAACGCCCGUUUGACCACACCCUUAGAUCAUAUUAUGGUAUAAAUAACGAGUUAAUUAAAAUUCUUAAAUGUUUAAUGAUGUUACCAAGUUCCUGAUCGGAGUGUGUUUUGGUGUUAUGCCAAAAUUUGGAUGUAAUCUGAAAAUAUCAAACUGUUGUGUGAAAUUCUCCCUCCAAUCCUAAUUUAGAUAAAGGUGUUUUGGAGUCUGCUUUUAUAAUGCUCCAGACAUUCAUAGGUAGACAUGCAAAACAAGAACUUUGUGUGUCUUUGCUUGUUCAAAAUUCAUAAAUUACAUUCCAUAAUGGAUAUAACUAGGCUUUUUGUUAUUUAAUUAACCAUUUUGUAGUUAUCUUAAUUUUAAAUUAGAUUUUAAUGGUGUUGUAUCAAAGUUUAAAUGACUUAAUAGUUUGUUACGAUUGAUUGUUAAUUCUGACUAAUAAAUUAAAUUAUAUGUAAACUGAA